AUGACCGCCGGCGGCGCGGGCAACUGGGCUGUUGUACUGUCCGUCACUGUCAAGCUACCAAGCGCUGUGUACUGGGCGGCGGUUGAGGUGUUGAUGCAGCAAGUUGACGCGCUUGAUGUCAUGCUGCGGCUAACCCGCACGGGUUUUUCGCCCAAUACGGCCACGCUACCAGGCGCGACAGCCGCGAAUACAACGACGGCCUUGGCGCCCUUCCACCACGCGCUCGCCCAGCUUAACGUCUCGCUCCCUACCGACAAGACGGCGCAACAGCCGGCGUUCGUGGCUCACUACGCUACCAACAGUUCCAAGACAUGCGCAUCUCGGCAACUGCCUGGUGCUAAGUAGACUCAAUUGCGAAGGAUACCAACGUGUUGCCACACCUCAUGGCCGCCACCUUUCACAGCAUGCUCGAAGCCGACAUCAAAUCGACUGGCGAAUCCAUGCUGGCCCAGCUGAGUAACAAUAUCACGAGCACAGCGCCUGGCAACAAGACCUGCGACAAUAUCGUUGCGCUGGCUUGGCGCAAUUCGCUGUUUGC